AGUUUGUACUAAAAAUUUUUAGUUGGUUCCUGCCAUUUAAAUACUCCUAGAAAUUUUUUGUAAUAAAUUAAAAAGAAAAUAAUUCUCCAAGUUCACUUUUUUUCUUUUUUUUCUUAUCCUUAUUAUGGUCCGUGAUUGCAUAUUUGCACCUCCAAAUAAACCAUACGCGCAGAACCAUUGUGAUUUGAGCGCCACUUUGCAGAAAUGGUGUUAGCACUCGCUCUGUUCACAAAUAGUUCAUGUUCUUGUUCUUCUAUGAUGUUUCAUCCAUACCCAUUAAACCUUUCGCAUUCCCUUCAACUCUCACUUCAUUCAUCUUCAACCUUGUAUCCUCAACAUGAAGCUCAAGCCUUGUUCUCCGUCACCAAAACGAACAUCAAAUCACAACCAUUCAACAAGGAGUGUUUCCGAUCCUCCGUUCAUGCAUUCUUGCAGUGCUGCUGCAGUAGCUCACUCGCCAUUACUGACGUUGAAUUAGGGACGCUCUUCUCUUUGUUUCGAGAAAUGGGGAUUGUCUAUGAGGAAACUCAAUUGCUCUUGCUCAAUAACCCUGACCUUACGUUGGUGUCAAUGGAUUCAUUGCGUGCUCGGGUUCUAUGUCUACAGUCUCUCGGGUUGGAUCGUGUUGCCCUGAAUUACUUGGUUAUGAAGCGUCCAACUGUGCUAACAGAUAAGGAAAUUGACACCUUGUUAAACUUUUUGAGAGAUGAAUUGGAAGGACAGCUUGAACAAGCACAGCUGAAGCGCUUUUUAUCCGUUACUGAACCAAGAUUCUUUGUGGGUUUUCCUCAAAAGAUCCAACUCCUUGUUGAUCGAGGAAUUCCUGUUGAUAAGGUUGUCCAUGUGCUUAACAAAAUAAAUUUGACAAAGGCACUUUGUCAUAGGUCAAUGGAUGAAAUUGAUAGGAUCAUAACUUUCCUGGAGCCCUUUGGUGGUAUUAGUUUGAUUAUAAGGUGGCCUGCAAUUCUCAACUACGAUUUGGAUAAUCAGCUGAUUCCAAAAAUCAAAGUCCUAACUCAGCUUAAUGGUGGAGAUGUGCGUGACGUUGGGAAAGUGCUGCAUAAGUUCCCAGCAAUUUUGAGUUAUAGUGUGAAACAUGUGGAGCAACAUGUUGAGCUCCUUAAGUCUUUUGCAAACCUUGAUGACCAAGAGAUAUUUAAGUUAAUACUUGAAUUUCCAGCUAUAGUUACUAAUAGCAGAGAGAGGAAACUGCGUCCUAGAAUACAGUUUCUCAAGGAAUGUGGGUUAGAUUCAGGUGAUAUCUUCAAGUUCUUGAUUAAAGCACCUUUGUUUCUAGCGCAUUCAUUCCGUGAGAACAUUGCCUGUAAACUUGUGUUUCUGGUCAAGAUUGGGUAUAAAUAUAGGACGAAGGACUUGGCAAUGGCAAUUGCAUUUACCACCAGGUCAAGCUGUGAGAACAUACAGAAGGUCAUCACUCUAUUUUUGAGUUAUGGGUUUUCAUGUGAAGAUAUUGUUAAUAUGAGCAGGAUGCAGCCACAAAUAUUGCAGUAUAAUCAUACUUCAUUAGAGAAGAAGAUGAAGUACUUGAUAGAGGAGAUGGACCGUGACAUUGAGGAAUUACUAGUUUUUCCAGCAUUCCUCGGUUACAAAUUUGACGACAGAAUUAAGCAUAGGUAUGAAGUAAGAAAGAGUAUAAGCGGGGGAGGAAUGUCUCUCAAUAAGCUUUUAACUGUUUCAACUGAGAGAUUCGACAAACGAAAGAAGGCCUCUGCUCUAGGCAAUCUGAAUUAAAAUAAUGGCGAGUGUAAGUUAAUUUAUUUUCCUAUUAUUCCUUGUGCCUCAAGGUCUUUCCCAAGAAACGUUACUGGAAAGAAUAAUAUCAUUUCCUCAACACUUAGAAGACAACUAUCACCACUACUUAGGUGUUGACAGAAGAAAAAAAAAAUGAAGUGAAACCAUCUACAGUCAAAUAUAAACACAGGCAAUUGUGACCUUUGAAGCUAUAGCGUGUUAGAAGCAACAUUUUUCUAGUGCAAAAUACCUUAUUUUUCACUGGCAACUGUUGCGGAUAUUUGCUGCUUGUGCUGUGAAUAUACAAACGACAAGUUGAUUUCCUUUAAGCUGUGAAGAUAUUGGUUUUGUUUUAUCGUGAGGACAAGUAACCGAAUCAAUAGACGUAGUUCAAUUAGACUAGUUAUUCAAAGUUUGCGGCUUUGUAGAAAGAUAUAUCGUUGAAAGACACCUACCGUUACGCAUUCCUAAAA